ACAUGUAUGUGUAUGGUUUGCGUCCACCAUCUUUUUCAUAAUGACUUAACUUAGAUUCAGAUUUAUUUUUAGGCCAAGUCAAUUUAAUUGUAAAGAAAAUUAAUAUUUUUCCGAAUUGAUAUUACAAACAAUAGUAAUAUAAAUAACUACCCAAUUUACAAACAUAGAAAUGUAAGCAAUGAAUGCAAAUAUUCUUGUAUUUCAUUAAAAUGGUGUUCUAUGAUUUCAAGAUUGUGGGACAACACUCUAGAUCAUACAUUCAUUUGAAAAUGUUUACAUUUUUGUAUAAUUUCAAAUUUCAAGUCAUUCGUGAUUGAGACAUCUCGAUCAAGAUAUCGGUAUUUCUUAGAUGACAGGGCAGAAUUGGGCAAAGCUUAGAAUUUCGCAGUUAAGUUUUCCAUCGUCAUGUGAAGUAAUAAAAUCCUCAUUCAUCUUUUGAGCAAUUUGUCAGGAAAAUGAAUACAUGUCUAAUCAAUCAAGACACUAAUUAACAUGUAAUUACGUCUCGGGGUUACAGUUGGAGGUAUAAAACCUUCAGAGUUGGAAGGCAAUACAGCAAUCGGCUCAGUAACUGAAACUUCACAAGCAUGUAUAUGUUGAUACUCCUUUUCGCUCUCGCCUAUGGGCAGAUAGAAGAAGCAAUCGAUGUUUUUCCAGAGGAGUGUGUGGCAGAUGGCGGUUAUAUUGAUGGUCAAAGCAAAGGCGGGGAUUGCUGUAGUUUCUUUGUCUGCGACGGCGCAACCAACAAAACUGCUUACAAGGGAUCAUGUAUGGGAGGUACCGCCUGGAAUGAUGAGUUGAAGGUCUGUGACGAACCUAAAUACGUAGACGGCUGUACUCCAGCAGAGGACUGUAUCGUGCCAUCAAGAACCACAGAAGAAUGCGGGGGCCUGGGAAACAGUGAGUGUUGUGUAGCAGGCAGAAAACCCGUUUAUACUAUGAUAAGCGACACAGAAUACAGAAGAGAAGGCGACAUUAAGAACAAUGUCUGCCCACCCGGAGAAGUAUUCAGUCUCUCGGAUUGUUGCUGCGAGCCAAAUGAACCAAGAGUUGCCCCAUGUACGGAUCCAAAACUGAAUUACUUUAGCAACGAUGGCGACUGUUGUACGUACCUACAAUGCUAUGCCAACGGCACCGGAACCGAUAUUGUUGCUUGCAUGCCACCAAGUGUUUGGAACGAUGCCAUCAAGUCAUGUGAUUUGCCCUUCAACGUGAUGGCCUGCAUGGACGUUGUGUGCGGAGCUGAGACAACCAACUACGCAUGCACCAGCGGAACCGGCUGCUGCAGAGAUGGUAUCUGGUAUUCGAGUGUGGGCGGAAACCAGUACGUUAUCAACAGUGUCGAGAGUGAAGCCGAACGAGCUUGGGAGAACGAUCCAGAGCGGGCAUUGUGCUGUGAGGACGAUAUGAAUGGUGUACCACAAGUCUUUAACGACCUUCCUGAAAUCUGCUGUUGCGAGCCUGCCGCAGGAGAACCAUAAUUUUAUUAAUAAUUAAUUAAUAAAGAAUAAUAAAUUGAUGUAAAACUUAUAAUCAGUGAUCUCUGUUAACAACCAUUACUUUAAAUUCCCACUUUAACUCAAGGAUUUCUAUUGUACAUCUGUUUUUACUGUAGGGGUUUAUAAUCAUAUUAAGGCAUUAGUUCAGGUUCUCAUACAACAAUUACAUGUCAUGUUUUCAAAUAUAAGUCUGAUUUAUUUGCAGAUUCUUUAAAGUUUCUACAAAAAGUGAUAAUACACAAAAAUGGUUAUAGAGUACAUGCUUCUUCACUGUUAAUUUUGCAAUCUUAUGUUUCGUAAUAAGGACAGUGCGCUUUUUAGUGAGUGCCCACACUAAAAUCAUCAACUUGCCUGCCCUGUCACACUAAAAUCAACUUGCCAGUCCUAUCACAC